UGAUGGAGUAACAGCUCUGCCUUUCUCGUGCCACCGAUGGGAAUAAAGCGAUCUGUGUUUCUUCUGUCAUAUGGGAAAUUUGGAUUAAUCAAGCAGUGUUCCAGUACCAAGAGCCCUAUUGUCUCUUGUGGUCUGACUCAUCGCAUGUAAAUGUACUGCAGCUUUGCUAUUAAUACAGAGUGGGGGCUUGUUUUGUUUUUGUAUUUUUUUUUUCCAUUUCCCAAGCACUGAAAAAAUUGCCAACCUCUAAUGUUCAUUUUGUGAAUUUGUGAAUUCUAGGUCUGGUUUUUGGCUUUUUCUUUUUUUUUUUUUUUUCCUUUUGUUGUUGUUUUUCAUUUUGUUCUCUGGAUAGUGCUAAACCAGUGAAGCUGAGGAAAUGAAGACAAAUCAGAAGCGGGAUUAGUGAGAUUUUAUUUUUAAUUUUCAAUUGUAAGCAAGCCAGCUCCUGGUAACUGUAUGACCUUGCAGGCAGGAGUGGGUCUGCUGUGACCAUCUCCGUCACAGCAGUUGCUCCUCAUUUGAUUCCUCGUUGUAUGCUGUUGUAUCAACAAGCCAGUGGUCACUCUGCGCAAGUGAAUGUCAGAGAGAGCAGUGUGAGUGUCUGGGCAGGGAGAAACGCUGAGGGAGCCUGUUUCAGACUCAGCGUUAGUCAUUAACAUAUUGGUGUCACACGAAUCAGUGACAUAACGUAGUGCAAGAUUAAUCGAAUUCUGUUGUUUUUAGGAUUUCAUGGGCUUUUGUAGACAUAAUUUUAAACUUCAGUUUUCCUGACAGUGCUUACUAACUUGAAACAGCCAGCUCUGCUCUGCAGAGAAUGUUUGUAAGUGUUGUACAGAGGAGGAGGAACCCUGCCUGUGCUCUGCCAGCUGUGACUUUGAUCCCACAGCUUGGAAGUCAGUGCUGUAACAGACCCAAUGAGUCGAGUCUGUAUUGUUGUUUUGGAGGAGGUAGAAGAUGAACCUCCUACGUUCAUUUCUAAAUUGCCACAGGAAAAUAAAUCACUACAUCCUCCAUCUGGAAAUGUAUUGCCAUCACUCGUGCAAGCUAUAUUCAAUGGAGAUCCUGAUGAAGUUCGAGCACUAAUAUUUAAGAAAGAAGAUGUUAACUUCCAGGACAGUGAAAAGAGAACCCCUUUGCAUGCUGCUGCCUAUCUUGGAGAUGCGGAAAUCAUUGAACUGCUUAUUCUAUCUGGAGCUAGAGUUAAUGCCAAAGACAGCAAAUGGCUGACACCUUUACACAGAGCAGUUGCAUCUUGUAGUGAGGAAGCAGUUCAGGUGCUUCUGAAACAUUCUGCAGAUGUGAAUGCACGAGACAAGAAUUGGCAAACCCCUUUACACAUCGCGGCCGCGAAUAAAGCCGUCAAGUGUGCUGAGGCGCUGGUCCCGCUGCUGAGCAAUGUGAAUGUGUCUGACCGAGCUGGGAGAACUGCGCUGCACCAUGCAGCCUUCAGCGGACACGGGGAGAUGGUCAAAUUACUCUUAUCAAGAGGUGCCAAUAUUAAUGCUUUUGACAAAAAAGAUAGGCGUGCUAUACACUGGGCGGCAUAUAUGGGUCACAUUGAUGUAGUGAAAUUACUUGUGGCACAUGGAGCUGAAGUGACAUGCAAAGAUAAGAAAUCUUACACACCUCUUCAUGCAGCAGCCUCUAGUGGAAUGAUCAGCGUAGUCAAAUACCUUCUAGAUCUUGGAGUUGAUAUGAAUGAGCCAAAUGCCUAUGGAAAUACACCUCUUCACGUAGCCUGCUAUAAUGGACAGGAUGUUGUAGUGAAUGAACUCAUAGACUGCGGUGCUAACGUGAAUCAAAAGAAUGAAAAAGGGUUUACUCCCUUGCACUUCGCUGCUGCUUCGACACAUGGAGCACUGUGUCUAGAGCUUCUGGUGGGCAAUGGUGCCGAUGUCAAUAUGAAGAGUAAAGAUGGGAAAACCCCCCUGCACAUGACUGCCCUCCACGGUAGAUUCUCCAGGUCACAGACCAUUAUCCAGAGUGGCGCUGUGAUUGACUGUGAGGAUAAGAAUGGAAACACCCCUUUGCACAUAGCGGCACGGUACGGCCAUGAGCUGCUCAUCAACACUCUGAUUACAAGUGGUGCUGACACGGCAAAGCGUGGCGUCCAUGGAAUGUUCCCCCUCCAUUUGGCAGCCUUAAGUGGUUUUUCAGAUUGCUGCAGGAAGCUUCUUUCUUCAGGAUUUGAUAUAGAUACUCCAGAUGAUUUUGGCAGGACCUGUCUACAUGCAGCUGCAGCUGGAGGGAAUUUGGAGUGCCUAAACCUUCUGCUGAAUACUGGUGCAGACUUCAACAAAAAGGACAAAUUUGGGAGGUCUCCACUGCACUACGCGGCUGCCAACUGCAAUUACCAGUGCCUGUUUGCUCUUGUGGGGUCAGGGGCAAGUGUGAAUGACCUGGAUGAGAGAGGCUGCACACCCCUGCACUAUGCAGCAACAUCAGACACAGAUGGCAAGUGCCUGGAAUAUUUACUAAGAAAUGAUGCAAAUCCAGGGAUCCGGGACAAGCAAGGCUACAAUGCGGUUCAUUAUUCAGCUGCUUAUGGUCACCGUCUAUGUCUUCAACUGAUUGCAAGUGAAACGCCAUUAGAUGUUCUAAUGGAAACCUCGGGGACAGAUAUGCUAAGUGAUUUGGAUAAUAGAGCAACAAUAAGCCCUUUACACUUGGCUGCCUAUCAUGGUCACCACCAAGCACUGGAGGUACUAGUGCAAUCUUUAUUAGAUCUUGAUGUGAGGAACAGUAGUGGAAGAACGCCGUUAGAUCUGGCAGCCUUUAAGGGCCAUGUGGAGUGUGUGGAUGUGCUCAUUAACCAGGGAGCUUCAAUCUUAGUGAAAGACUACAUGUUGAAGAGAACACCUAUACACGCAGCAGCAACAAAUGGUCAUUCAGAAUGCUUACGGCUGUUAAUAGGAAAUGCAGAACCACAGAAUGCUGUAGAUAUUCAAGAUGGAAAUGGACAGACCCCUUUGAUGCUGUCUGUUCUCAAUGGGCACACGGACUGUGUCUACUCACUGCUGAACAAAGGAGCCAGUGUGGAUGCCAAAGACAAGUGGGGAAGGACCGCACUGCACAGAGGGGCAGUUACAGGCCAUGAAGAAUGUGUAGAUGCAUUGCUUCAACACGGUGCUAAGUGCUUGCUUCGUGAUAGCAGAGGUCGAACACCUGUGCACCUGUCAGCUGCCUGUGGACACAUUGGAGUUCUUGGAGCCCUCUUGCAGGCAGCAGCCUCAACAGAUGCAAAUCCAGCCCUAGCAGACAAUCACGGAUACACAGCACUUCACUGGGCCUGCUACAACGGUCAUGAGACGUGUGUAGAACUUCUAUUAGAACAGGAAGUUUUCCAGAAAACAGAAGGGAAUGCUUUCAGUCCGUUGCAUUGUGCUGUGAUCAAUGACAACGAAGGUGCUGCUGAGAUGUUGAUUGAUACGUUAGGAGCCAGCAUCGUGAACGCUACUGAUUCCAGAGGAAGAACUCCUCUGCAUGCAGCUGCCUUCACAGACCACGUUGAGUGUUUACAGCUCCUGCUGAGCCACAACGCUCAGGUCAAUUCUGUGGACUCCUCUGGGAAAACGCCUCUUAUGAUGGCUGCAGAAAACGGCCAGACAAACACCGUCGAGAUGCUGGUGAGCAGUGCUAGUGCAGAUCUGACUCUCCACGAUCACAGUAAAAACACCGCCCUCCAUUUGGCUUGCAGCAAGGGUCAUGAAACUAGUGCCUUGUUAAUAUUGGAAAAGAUAACAGAUAGAAACCUCAUCAAUGCAACCAACGCAGCCUUGCAAACACCUCUGCAUGUUGCUGCCCGGAAUGGGCUAACAACGGUGGUUCAGGAGCUUCUGGGAAAAGGAGCAAGUGUGCUUGCAGUCGAUGAAAAUGGUUACACCCCAGCGUUGGCCUGUGCUCCCAACAAGGAUGUGGCUGAUUGCCUGGCUCUCAUUUUGGCCACAAUGAUGCCUGUCUCUUCCAGUAGCCCUUUAUCGUCAUUCAAUGCCAUUACCCGUUACACAAACGCCUCGAAAACUGUCAGCUUUGAAGCUUUGCCCAAUCUGAGGAAUGACUCCAGCUCCUACUGCAGUUUUAACAACAUUGGUGGGGAACAGGAGUAUUUGUACACAGAUGUGGAUGAGCUCAAUGACUCCGAUUCUGAAACCUACUGAGAGGCCGAGCCGGAGGUCGAGGGCAGGAGUUCCGACACUAAAGCUUCACACUGAGCUUCAGGAAAAAGGCGCUUUCUCAUUCACGCACAAAGUCAACCCAAGAAGCAGGAUCGCGCAGUGAGUGAAUGGAAGAGAUGUGAUGACACUAGGAAGAAGAAUUUUCAAGGCAAGUUUUGCAAAAGGAAAUUCUAAAAUAUUGACAUAGAGUUGACCAGAUAAAAGCAUAUUGAUGUCA